CCACUACUCGUCUUGCCUGACACGCUUCACAACAGUUCACUUCCUUGGGUUCUCGUACCACCAACCUCUCUCGCCAAGAUGUCUACGGUGACCCGCGCAUACCUCGACCAGAGGCUCGCCGUCGCCAAGCGCUGCUCCAGAGAGGCCGCGGCUGUCGCCACCGUUGCAGCAGCAGUCCCCACCCUGGCGAGCGUGAGGAUGCUGCCGUGGGCCAAGGCACACAUCAACCCAACUGGGCAGGCGCUCAUCAUCUCCACCGUCGCCGGGAUGGCCUACUUCAUCGUCGCCGACAAGACCAUCCUCUCCAUGGCCAGGAGGCACAACUUCGAGGAAGCGCCGGAGCACCUCAAGAACACCUCCUUCCACUAAUUAGGCUGUAAUAGAUCCAUAUUAGUAGUGCGCAAUAAGCCGUAUGCGCCGGCUCUAUCGUACGUAUCCGCUGAAAGAUAGUAUAAUGUUCAGCACUUACCCGAGAUCAGGCGAGGCUUGCAGACAGUGAGUGGUGUGGUGCACCUGCU